GUUGUGAGAGAGUCGUCAGAGAAAUCGAGGUGCUUUUUGCAAGCAGAUUAGUUUGUAGUAGUAGCCUGACUGUUGUGAGAGCUUAUACCGCGUGUGGAGAUUAUUUAUUUACUGGUGUUUCUUCAGGAAACUAGAGAUAUCUUAUUGUCGACAGAGCCAGUGUUACCAUAAACUCGAAAGGUAUUUGAGAUAAUGUUUUUGGGCUAUCUUUUUUUCCGAUGAAAUUACUGAAUGCAAAUUCUCAAGAAUAUAUUCACUGUAUGUGUCGCCCAUAUCUCGUAUCAGUGUAAAUUGUAAGGAAGAUGACUGUUGGCAGCAGCAGCCUGUUUUACUGUAUUUUUACUUCAGCUGUUGGAAAGCAAGACGAAAGCUAACAAAGUCUGCAUACAGCUAAAUGUAGGUUCUGUUAAUAAACAUGGGUUGUACACCUAGUAUAAAUCAGUCUGGUGUUGUACGCUGUCAGGAGUCGGACCGUUCUUCAUCUGACACAAAUCCUAAUAAUCACCAAAUGAACUGGCUCGAGGGAAGCUUCCGAAGGAUGGUGUCGUCAGACGAGGCGGUAGAAAGCGGAGGGUCAACCGGAAAUAGUUUGCAGAUAGUUUCCUGUUCAAAGUCGGGGAUUGUGCAGAGUGACCAGAACACAUCAUGGAUGUACAGAGAACGUGACUUGAAGAGGACCAGCAACACCUUGAAGUUCGGACCCAUGUGCCUUACUUUACCGACAAUAAAGGUGCUGCUAGUUUUCGACAAAGAGGAUUCUCAGUGUAAAGCUCUAAAAUUGGCAGUGGAAAAACUCCAGUACGACUACGUCGUUGUCACCAGUGACACACAAGCCCUCGAUCGUAUACGAAACAGUCAUUACCAUCUAGUGAUUGUAGACACUCGUCAUCCAUCUGGGUUCGACCCUUUUCUUCUCGCUAGGUCGUUUCGUCUAUCCAAAGAUAACCAUUAUAGCUGUUUUGUUGCAGUUGUGAAACGGAGUUUGGCAGAAAAAGAAGACUCUUUGAUAUUUAAAAUAUUGAAUGCUGGAUUUGACAGGUGGUUUCUAGAAAGCUGUAGCCUGACUUUGUGUUUGAGUGAGCUAAUCCUUAUUGAGGGCAACGAAAUCAUGACCCGUCUGAAACUUCAUGCAACGCAGGCGCUCUUCACUGCCCUGGAAAACUCUUGUGACGCUGUUCUUGUAACCGGAAAGAACCAGGAAAUACAGUACAUGAACCAAGCGUCUGAAAAGUUGAUGGGUUGUAGCGCAGAGGAGAUGAUGGGGAAAAAUGCUUCCCAGCUUCACAGAUCCGACUCUACUAGAACAGAAAUAGUAGAGAACGUUAAUAUUAAGAAAGGAAAUGAUUGGGAAGGUUCAGGAUUUCGCAAAAGAAAGACUGCCCAGCAUACGCCAAUGUGGAACAAGGUGACACCAGUGGACGUUCAUAAUGGAGCCAAUGAGCACACAGUAUUAGUCAGAGAAGGGAGAUCCAGUUCCUUUUAUUCCGAGAAGUCUUAUAUUCCUGAUUGUGACUUCCUUCCCUAUACACUAACCAAUAUGAAAUCCAUCAGAAAUCCUUCAUUCGAUGUCAGAUCUUUGUGUAGUGAAGCUGGUAUGAACAGAAGACAGUCCCUUGCCAGACUUCAUACAAUGACGAUUGAAGCGCCAAUCACGAAGGUCAUCAACAUGCUAUUAGCGACACAAGAGAAUAGUCCCAACUUUGUGGCUAAAGACAUAGACAAAAUUUUGGAAAUACUGAGAACCAGUGAUCUCUACUCUCCGCAGUUGCUAGGGCUCAACCAACAUCGGCGACCAACGGACGACAAGUUGACGUCAGAUUUAAUCAGCAGCCUCGUCAUGCAAGGUCAAAAAUCAGGGCAGCGACGAUUUUCUCAUGACAUCAACCAAAAAGUAUCCAGAAGUUCCAUUGUGUCUUCACUGGCAUCUAUACCAAGUUUAGAUUCAGCUCCCAGACCAAUUGUAAGUGCUUUGGAAAAAAGUAUGGAGUGGAGUUUCGAUAUAUUCGAGCUAGAGAGAAUAAGCGAAAAAAGGGCACUUACGUGGCUGGGAAUGACUGUCUUCUCUUCUUUUAACGCCUGCUCUGUACUAAGCUGUGACGAAAAAACGUUAAAAAGCUGGUUAACCCUAAUAGAAGCCAAUUACUAUAACAAUCCUUACCAUAACUCAACACAUGCGGCAGAUGUCAUGCAAGCAACUGCUUUUUUUCUCCAGAAACCAAGACUUAAGACGAUAUUCGAUCCUCUAGAUGAAGUGAUUUCUUUGAUUGCUGCCGUCGUCCAUGACGUCAACCAUCCCGGAAAGAAUAGCGCUUUUUUGUGUAAUACGAAGGAUGAAUUAGCGAUUCUCUACAAUGACUUGUCUGUUUUGGAAAGCUAUCAUGCAGCACGAGCGUUCAAACUGACCUUAUCGGACAAAAAUGUCAAUAUCCUACAAAAUUUGGAUAGAGAUAUGUACCAGGUUGUUCGAGAGUCCAUCAUUGACAUGGUUCUAGCUACAGAGAUGACUAAACAUUUUGAACAUCUUUCAAAGUUCGUCAAUGUCCUAAAAACCAUUGUUCCAAAUGAAGAAGCAGAAGAUGACAAGCAGCUAGAGAACUGUCAAGAGGUAUUAAUAACUAUGUCCAGUCCAGAAAAUGUUAAACUAGUCAAGAGGAUGCUGAUAAAAUGUGCAGAUAUCUCCAACGCCGCCAGACCUACGAAACUAUGUGUUGAGUGGGCCACCAGGAUAACAGAAGAAUACUGUAGACAGACGGACGAAGAAAAGGCCAAAGCUCUACCGGUUGUAAUGCCCACCUUUGACAGAACUACGAUGAGUCUUCCCAAAGCACAACUGGGAUUUAUUGAUUACUUCAUCAAUGAUAUGUUUUCAAGCUGGGAUGCUUUUGGGGACUUUCCUGAAUUAAUUGACCACAUCCAAUCGAAUUACCAGUACUGGAAAGAACAAGAUGAUGAAAGACAGGAACAAGAAGCUUCCAAGGAGGAAAGUUGAAUAAUGUUUUUUGGGAUUGGUAAAAACGAACUACCAUCGGUCUGGUGCAAAAGAAAUUAAUAUACAGCAAUUUUUACAUUAGAAUAUUAGAAAACUGAUUUCUUGAAGAAAAAAAAAGAAAUGCACUAGUCGCUUCAGUGUGAAACUGACAAAUUACAUAAAUAAAGUUAAAUCAUGGAUAUGUGAUCAAGAAAGAAAAGAUAGGAAGUUUAUUCAGUGUUAUCAAACUACAGUAUUGAUUCGCUCAGAAAACGAAGGAAAAUCGUGAUGAGGAGCGAAUAGAAAUGUUACAUCCGGGUAUAUGUUAUGUUUCUCCGCAUAAUAAAAAGCAUGUACGUUGUGUUUUGUAUGUUGUUGUUAAACUCUUAAAAAUCGUUAGUUAUUUAUCGUUAACAUUUUACGACUGUGGUAAAUACUUGUUUGUACUAUUUGAACUUCAUUCACUUUCUCGGAGAAUAUUCUGAUGAUGAUUAAAACAGGAAAAAUGGUUCAACAUGAUAACUGUAACAUGGUUUAGCUGAAAAUUGAAAGAAUAACAUAAAAAGGGUAUUAUUUUUAGUAAUUCAGGAGACAUGUGUAAUAUAUAGAUAGGUAGCUAGAUACAUUAAAUAUACGUACACAUAUUCUCAGAAUAAAGAUUUUGAAUGACUAGCUCCAGAAAAUGUGUUUAUGUCUUAUAGCUUACUAAAUAGACAGCAAAUGAAAAACAAGAGUUUUUUCUUUAAAAAUUGUAAAUCUUUUACAUGAAAGUAUGUUUAAUGAGCUAUCAAACAAAUAUUA